AUGUCAGCAUUCAUUAGAUGGUACAAUGGAAGGCUCGCAGCCCGUCCUCUGCUCACUCAGGGCGUGACGACUGCGGUGCUCUUUGCAACUGGUGAUCUCACCGCUCAGCAGCUGGUCGAGAAGAAGGGCCUGAAGAACCACGAUGUGGCUCGAACAGGCCGUAUGGCGCUCUACGGUGGAUGUGUUUUUGGGCCUGUUGCAACCACCUGGCUGGGUUUCCUCGCCCGUCGCGUCACCUUCAGAAAUGCCCGUGUUGAGACGCUGGCGCGCGUGGCGGCUGACCAGACACUCUUCGCUCCCGUCAUGAUUGGAGUCUUCCUGGGUAGCAUGGCCACGAUGGAGGGCAAGAGCCCCAAGGAGCGCCUCGACACCACCUGGUGGCCGGCGCUCAAGGCCAACUGGAUGCUGUGGCCGUUUGUCCAGUUCAUCAACUUCACCUUCCUGCCGCUGCAGUACCGUCUGCUAUUUGCCAAUGUCAUCUCCAUUGGCUGGAACAGCUACCUCAGCUGGGUGAACAGCCAGGGCCAGAACAAGGGCCACGAGCUGGUCGCUGCCCCUGCCACCUAA